CCGUGCGCGCUACCGCUUCCGGUGUCAUGGCGGCCUGAGGUCCCCGGUGUCGGUGAGGCGGCUGCAGGCCCCUCCCUGCGAAGCCGCUGGUCCGGCGGGCGGGGAUGUGACCGCGGGCCCUGCCGGCCUGCCUCGGGCGUCGCGUCAGCUCCGGUGUCAGUGCCCUCAGUUCACACCGAUGGCGGGGUCCGGUUGCGCCUGGGGCGCGGAGCCGCCGCGGUUUCUGGAGGCCUUCGGGCGGCUGUGGCAGGUACAGAGCCGCCUGGGCAGCGGCUCCUCGGCCUCGGUGUAUCGGGUGCGCUGCUGCGGCAACCCCGGCUCGCCCCCCGGCGCUCUCAAGCAGUUCUUGCCGCCGGGAACCACCGGGGCUGCAGCCUCGGCCGCUGAGUAUGGUUUCCGCAAAGAGAGGGCGGCGCUGGAGCAGUUGCAGGGUCACAGGAACAUCGUGACUUUGUAUGGAGUCUUUACAAUCCACUUCUCUCCAAAUGUGCCAUCACGAUGUCUGUUGCUUGAACUCCUGGAUGUCAGUGUUUCGGAAUUGCUUUUAUAUUCUAGUCACCAGGGUUGUUCCAUGUGGAUGAUACAGCAUUGUGCCAGAGACGUUCUGGAGGCCCUUGCUUUUCUUCAUCAUGAGGGUUAUGUCCAUGCAGACCUCAAACCACGUAACAUAUUGUGGAGUGCAGAGAAUGAAUGUUUUAAACUCAUUGACUUUGGACUUAGCUUCAAAGAAGGCAAUCAGGAUGUAAAGUAUAUUCAGACAGACGGGUAUCGGGCUCCAGAAGCAGAACUGCAAAAUUGCUUGGCCCAGGCUGGCCUGCAGAGUGAUACAGAAUGUACCUCAGCUGUUGAUCUUUGGAGCCUAGGAAUCAUUUUACUGGAAAUGUUCUCAGGAAUGAAACUGAAACAUACAGUCAGAUCUCAGGAAUGGAAGGCAAACAGUUCUGCUAUUAUCGAUCACAUAUUUGCCAGUAAAGCAGUGGUGAAUGCCGCAAUUCCAGCCUAUCACCUAAGAGACCUUAUCAAAAGCAUGCUUCAUGAUGAUCCAAGCAGAAGAAUUCCUGCUGAAAUGGCAUUGUGCAGCCCAUUCUUUAGCAUUCCUUUUGCCCCUCAUAUUGAAGAUCUGGUGAUGCUUCCUACUCCAGUGCUAAGACUGCUGAAUGUGUUGGAUGAUGAUUAUCUGGAGAAUGAAGAAGAAUAUGAAGAUGUUGUAGAAGAUGUAAAAGAGGAGUGUCAAAAAUAUGGACCAGUGGUAUCUCUACUUGUUCCAAAGGAAAAUCCUGGCAGAGGACAAGUCUUUGUGGAGUAUGCAAAUGCUGGUGAUUCCAAAGCUGCUCAGAAAUUACUAACUGGAAGGAUGUUUGAUGGAAAGUUUGUUGUGGCUACAUUCUACCCACUGAGUGCCUACAAGAGGGGAUAUCUGUAUCAAACCUUGCUUUAAUCAGUAACCUAAGGACUAUUUCCUGUUUCUCCUCUUCCAUUUCCUGGGUUAUUGUAUUCCACAUCUGAAUGCAGAAGUACCCCUUUACCAUUUUAAGGGAGUACUUUUUACAUUUAUUUAAUCCUACUAAUGUGCAGCCAUUGCCCAAGCAGUGACUGCAUCGCAAACAUUUGGCACUGAGUAGGACAAGACCCCUCAGCUAUAUAUUGAGGGGUUCUAGAGCAUCCAUGUGGGCAACCUUUUUUUUUUGUGCAGUAGGGCAGGUGCUGCUCUUUAGUAUGUAACCUAAAAAGAAAUUAAUUAUCUCAUGUGACCGUGAAGCAAGGGUGAAUAUGUUGUAGUGAAUAUUAUUAACAAAUUUGUUAAGGUUGGUGACAUCACUUAGAGAUUAUUCCUUUAUGUUGUCAGAUGGUUCUUCCUUAUUGUUGAUAUCCAUAGCUGGUACUGGAUGCUCUCAGUAUUGUUAAGUAAUUGUCAAGCAGCAGUUACCUACUGUGUUCUUAACACUGAGUUGUGAAUCUUUUUAAAGGAGUACUGUAGUACUGAAUAUUCCUUUAAAGAAACUGCAGUGAGCCUAUCUACAUUUUUUUUUAUUAAGGCUUUUAAAAUAGAAAGCUGAUGCUUGAUCUUGCACAAUUUUUAUGUCUAGUAUGUAUGCUUGAGUGAGUGCAGGUGUGAAAGAUUCGAGAAAAUGUGAGUCAGUAUACUUUAUAGUGUGAAUCUUGUGAGCUAAUUAUGUCUAUACCCAUCUCUUCCCCACCUUUUUCACAUCUGUAAGAUAUAGUAUUUUGAGAGUUGGUCAGUCUGAUAGAAUGUAAAUGAGAAAACAGUUCAUUCCUGAGAGGCUCAGAGCAAACUGGCUUCUAGCCUAGGGUUACAUUGAAACUCUUAAAGUGAUUGGAACAAAGAAAAAGUUUUGCUACCUAUAAAUCACCCCAUCCUUCAGUCUACCGUAGACCUUGUAUUGGCUCAUCUAUUUUGUACUAAAUCUCCUAUAAUUGUAAGCUUUUUCAAGAUGUGGCUGUACCUACUAUGAUGGAAAAUUGGAGUGGGUCAAAAAGAAGAAUUAAAUAUACAGUGAAGGGAAAAGAAAAAUAGUCAAAGAGAAGGUAAAUAGUCAAGGAUUCUUUUUUCUUCCUUUCUGUCUCUCUCAUUGUCCCCUCCCCCUUCUCCUCUCCUUUCCCUCAUUCUCUGCCUCUAUGUGUAGCUGAAGAAAAGCUAGAGGACCAGCAUCCUGGGUAGUCUGGCUUUUGACUGCAAGGAAAUUAGGAAAGAUAUAGAUAUAAUAAGGUAGACGUUGAAAGGAAGAAAAACUCAGAAGAAUUCUUAAAAGAAUUUAUAGCAAUUUAAUGUGUCCCUGAGAAGAGGAUGCCAGUGUACACAAGUACAUGGACCCAGCUUGAUAACAUGGUUUUAAGAAUUAUAAUUAUGGAUUAUUUUUACUUUAUGGUAGAUUGUCUUUAAAGGUAUAAAAAUUAGGAAACUUUUAUAAAGCACUGAUUAUACAAAGAAAAAAGCAAGUUGUAUACAGAUUAUGAGUUUUUUGCCUGUUUUCCUCACCUGAAUGAAAAUUUUAUUUAUUAAUUUUUCCUAAGGAAAAAGUCUUUUAUCUUUCUCUGCUUUAAGCCACCUCAUAAAAUCUUUCCUUGUAUGUGCCAUGCAGAUUACUGAGAGUUCAAUUAGAAUUUACAUUUUAGAGAAUGAAUUAUUUUCCUCUAUUCAGUCACUGACAUUUUAGUUAUUUACAGUUACUGAGUUAUUGAGGACUCUCUUUUAAUAUUUAUUAUGAAGCCAAAUUUGGUAGAAGGAGGCUGAUUUAUGAAUUACCAAAGGGUCUUGUGGCAUGGUCCCCAAUAUGUGCCCUUAGAAGGAAUAACUAUUAUGUUUUAUUUUGGCCCUUUCAGAGGUUGAUUAGCUAGUUCGUUUGCAAGUCAAAAUUCAUGAGAGUAGAACCAGUAUUGUAAAGACCUAAGCUCUCCUAAAACAUAAAUGUUUAUAUGGAUAGCUCCUUUUGUGGUUAUUAGAAACAUCAGGUUUUUACAUACAUACUGAUGAAUACAGAAUACUAGUGAGUUCUUUUUAAGGGCAAGUAUACUAGGUUAGCACAUGUAACUUUCUCACCCCCUUCCCUGAAAAGAGAAAUCCUUACAAAUAAACUGCAGGUAGGCUUUUAAGCUUAGUCAUGCAGUAUGCUGCUAACAUCUUAAUGCUGAGGUUAACAGCAUUCUUUGAUCGUCAUCUUAUUGCUGAUGUAGUCAUACGUAUUUUAGUGUUUAACACUGUAGAAUAUUUUUACAGAAGAUGCUACUAGAUGUUAAGGGAGCUGAGGGAAUAAUUGAUGAGCCUUGAAUUAACCAUGCAUUGAAUUAAAUACUUUAUGUUAAAGUCACAGAAUUGAAAAAAGAUGCCUCCUAUGAUUUAAAUUGUCAUUUUAUAACUCUUAGCCCUUUCUACCAAAGAUAAUGUUAGCAGACUCUCCCUCCCUCCUCUGACAGUAUCAGAAAUUUAAUCUUACUAUCUUUCUUAAACUGGAACCAAAUAUUAUCAGAAGAUGCAAUUUUCAUGAUUCUUUUAAGAUGAAAUACAUACAUAGGGAUUUUGAUUCUUAUAAUUAUUGAAAAUCUCUAAAUUUUCUUUUUGAGAGGCAGGGUAAUGAGGUGAAGGUUCAUGUAAUGUAACCUCUACUCCUUUGGGCAAAUUUUAUCUCAGGUAGAUUUUCUAAAUUAAUACCUGUGCUUCCUUGCCUCUCACCUUCCCAAUUACUUCUUUAUUGUUCUGUGGUAUUGCUAUGACACAGUUUGCCCCCGAAAAGGCAUAGAAAGUGAUUAUUCUAUAGGAAACUUUUGAUUCUUUAGAAACAUAUUUGGAGACGGUGGCUAGCUAGCCACUGUGAAAACUGUAAUGUUGUAUUUAGAGGAGAACAAUAAGUAGAGUUGGACAGCUCAGUAAGAGAUAGCACUAGCUAGGAGUAAGUAUUGACUGCCUUUUAAAGGGAUUAAAAAAAUUAUCUUCUUGCAAUAAGAGAUCUGCAUUUAUUACCACUGGAUGUCUUCCUUGCUUUUGGCCAUCAAUAUAGCAACUCUUCUUAGAGAAAUUCCCUUUCUGCUAUGCCUUGAGCCAAAACUAUAGCUGCUCUUAGAACAAAACCCAUAAAUAUAGUUUUAUUCAUCCUUCUCUUUGUUUGCAUUGAGAGAAAAUAUUGCCUUCUUUUUGGUACUCCAGCUGCUAAAGAGUGCUGAGAUAUGUUAAAUUAACCUUUAAAAGAAAAUCUCUGAAUUCUUAUUUAACUUGUCUUCUAGAUUCUUGUUACUUAUAUUUUAACUUUUGAGCAAAUUUAUUAUAAGGAAUGCUGCCAGAAACAGUGCUGCCAUGUAGAGGAAGCUAAAGAGAAACUGUGGGCAUAUGCCUUUUUUCUAUCUUAUUACACUGGACUUUCACCCUGCUAAGGGCAUCAGUUACUUUUCUGGAAUAAAUUAAAUGUAGAGUUAGAGCACUUAUCAGAUGCUGUUUCAUGGCUUUAGUUCAUUCAUCAAAUGCAGGUAACUAACAUUUUGAAUUCAUUUUCUUAGGUCUUAUUUUCUGACUGUAUUAAAUUUGGCUUAUUUUUACAUAAUUUCUACUAUCAGUUACAUUUGGCAGCAUGACAUUUUGUUUUUUAUGAUUAAUUUAAUAAAAAUCAGCACCAUUGUAACUGAUAGUAACUAUAAUAACAUAGUUACUGGGUGAGGGAGUAGGGGAGACACUCAGUAUUCAUGUGUUUACCUAAACUCUUAUGCAAGGGUACAUGCCAGGUGGCUUUAUUCAGAUUAGGGUACAGAUGGAAUCACAUCAUGACUUUUUGUCUGAUGGAUAUAUAGACAGUUAAAGAUUUAAGCAAGUGCCUUGUGUUUCCUGGAAAUAAUUAAAAUUCAUUUGGGUGAAAGCUUCCCAGAUGACGCUAAUUAAUUGCACCUCUGCCUUUCUCUUGGAAUAACUUUUAGAUUGAGUCACAUAGUAUAAAAGUCCAAAAUUUCCUUGGUUUACAUUUUAUUUGGUAUGUGUAAAACUAUUCAUAUUUGAUUUUAUUCUGAUACUACAUAUGAUAGAAAAGCCAGAGUUAUCUGGCAGAAUUUAAUUCUUUCUUGCAUCUAGUUUCAUUUUCAAUAUCAGGUUCCUUCCUCAAAUCUUAAUAUUCUAGCUCUCUGAUAUUAUUUAUUUUAUUUAUUAUCGAUUAUAGUCACAUACAGACCAGUCCUUGGUCACAAUUAGCUCAAAAGAAUUCCCAUUUCUUCUUAAGGUGCUCAACAAAUCACCUUUAUUUUGAGAUGGUAAUCUUUCAAGAUGGUAAUCUUUCACUUAGGAGCUUUUGCAAUGAAUAUAAAAAUGUUGUCUCCAUCAUAUGGAGCUCAUCUGAGCCUCUCGUAGUAUGUUUAGAUAAGUUCUAUUCUUAAUCAUAGAGAAACAUGAAUAUUUUAGUUUUUAGAAUACCCAAAAUGUUUAAGAUUUUGUUUGCUUUGUUUUGUUUUAGUUAGCUGCUUCUCUACCUGAUACUGCAGAAUUUCUCAUGUUCCUUAUACUAGCCACUUCCCCCAGAUGUUUUUCACUAUUUUUUAAAUUAUAUGAUGACUAGUAGAUUCACAUAGUGGCAUGCAGUUGACAAGUAAGUUCUAUGGAUAUUUAAGAAGAAGGUAAAUAAUUUUAACUAUUUUUGCUGUAAUUUUAUAGGAGAAAUUGGCUGUAAAAGAAAUAUCUAUAAACCAGAGAGCAUUUAGGAAAUUUUAUAUUUUAUAGGUGGCCAUUAAGGUGAUCUUCAGGAUGUAAGAUACAUAGUUUAUACAGACUUUGUUCUCCUGAUGAAAUUUUUAUUCAUUUUCCUACAGCUCAGCACUUUUGUUGUUCCUUAUACUACUUAUGAGGAUUAAUGCUUUAAGUUUGUUUUAUGUGCGCCUUUCAGAGAGUUGUCAUAAUCAAGAUAGUUGUGGUUAUGGUACCAUAAAUGCUAGAAUUCAUGGGAAACUAAUCAAAUGAUUGCCUGGGUUUUGUUUCCCAGUAAAUUGGGUAGCUAUCACAAUAAUCUGAAAAAAAACUAAUGGCUCUUCCAAAGGCCAUGCUUAUUUUGUGACCUAGGUUCAUAGUAUUUUAAUUUAAAGGCAAAGAAAAGCAUUGUUAUUUGCCUUAUAUGAUCAUUCUUGUGCAGAAGAGAGCUUAUUUUGUUGUACUACAUUAUAUAAUGAAAAUAAGUCACAUUCUGGAAAGAAAAACCAACUAGAAUUGUUCAUUUUUCUUUUGGGGAGUUGGAGGGAACCCCUAUGUAAAAAUCAGAGCUACUUGCUGCCAUAAGCUCUUGACUCUCAGCAAGAGAAUUACUUGUAAUCACUUUUUCAUCCCAGGUUGGAAUUACAUUUCCUUGCUUUCUCCUCUUAAUAAUAUUCAUGAUAUUAGGACAAAGAAUAUGUAAAAGCAAAUGUGGUGAGGUAUUCUAAAAUCAUGCAUAUAUGGACUCAAAUCUCUUCAGUUCUAUAUUAUUUUACUAGCAUGGGUUGUCAGAAGACUGCUGAAUUUAAGAGUAAGGAGGAGAAAGAUAAGUAAUAAAAAGAGAGAUCAGGGGAAGAAAAUGGCUCCCUUACUGGUAUUAGUAAUGUUCCAUAUAGUUAAUGAUCUAAAAAUGAUGUUUAUUUUUAAAAUCUAGGUUUGGUACCUGUACCAUAGAAACAUUGCCUUUCCUACACAUUCCUCAUUAUUGUUUCCCCAGAAAAUUAUUGUCAGAAUUUGUGAAACCAUAUUAAAUACCCAUACUUAGUUUUGCCUAAUUUUUAAAAAUACAGAUUUGUACUUCAGCUUUUUUGUAUUUAGUGUACAUUACCACUCAUGCAAAUCAAGGAUCAGAAAGAAAUUGGGGAUUAGCCAUCUCCGUAUUUCCCUUUGCACAUUGGGUACAGUGGGUGGCAUUAGUAUGCACUAGCUGCAAAGUUAUAGCACCUUAUGGAGCUAAGUAGUGUUUAUUUAUUAAAAUAAGAAAAAAGUUAAGCUGGACCUCUAGAAUAUUUGCUUUGCAGAGUGUAAAACUGUCCUGUCUUUUCCAGAAGGAUUUACUCUUUCAUUCUUAAUUUUCUUUUGAAAAAUCUUAAAUAAUUUAACAUUCCUUUAUAUCUAUCCUCUUAACAAUGUCAAAUCUGGGGUAGAAGGGACUUUAUUUUUCCCAAAAAGGGCUCCAUCUUUGCUAUCUUUGGAUCACUCCUAGAAAUCCAGUUAUGAUCAAUAAAUUUUAACAGUUUAUGGUGUCGUGUGUCAGCACUGGAGUGGUUGCUUGUGAAUAUUAAAACCUAGUACUAUGUUCCCUCAGUAACAUGUAAUUACUAUGUUUUUGAUAAGAAGGUAUGGUUAGAAAAAAUGUGAAAGAUCACUUAAACCAAAGCCAGUUAUAAGGAGUAUUCUCUCCUGUUGGUUUACCUUCACCUCAGAACUACAAGAAUAUUAUAAUACAUAGUGAAUAUUGUCUAUAACAUUUCUACCAGUUGUUUCAAUAGAAUAUUGGUCUUGGCAUUUCUUGGCACUAUGGUUCUCUGUUCUUUGUGAUGCCUUAUUGUUUGUGACAUUUGUUUUUUUAAAAAAAUUAAAUAACUAAGUGGGACUAUAAAUGUAGAUGUGUGUCAGUACCAGGAAGUUCUUUUCUCAAAUCCCUAAAUUUUUGAUUUACAUUCUAGUCUUUUAAACUUGUUUUUUCUUGCUGAGUAGCAAAAGCCUUUUAUUUUCCACUUUCCUAUAUACCUAACAAGUAUGAACACAGUGUUUCAAUUUACUGUAUUGCAUACUUUUUUGCUGAAAACUUUUUCUGUAAACACAAUUGCCUUGUUCAGUUUUGGUGUAAACUGACUUACCAUAAGAUGCACUGUUGAUAUGCUUUCUGAUGUGUGUUUGAUAAGAGUGAUAAAAUAAAGCUUAAAAAUAAA